AGACUAAAGCAAUGGAGCACAGCUGAACCGUUAGCUUCGUUAGCUUCCUGGCUAGUAGCUCUGAGAAGAUGGCAUCCUCGGACCAACCUGACCAACAAAAUCAGAAUGCUGCUCCAGCCAGGGAAGACACGGCUCCAAGAGAAGCGCUGAUUGCCACGGCGGUGAGGUUUCUACAAAACCAGCAAGUUCGCCAGAGCCCCCUGGCAACCAGAAAGGCUUUCUUAAAGAAAAAAGGUCUGACCGAUGAGGAGGUCGAUCUAGCCAUCCAGCAGUCCGGUAGUGUGGAUGAGCCGCUGACUGUGGCUGUUCCCGGACCUAUGCACAUCGCUCACCCUGUUCCACUGGCCCCGUACAGUCCAGGUUACAGAUGGAGAGACUACAGUGCCAUGGCUGUCAUCAUGGCAGGAAUGGCAUUUGGCUUCUAUCAUCUCUACCGGAAAUACAUCCUUCCCCUCAUUAUGGGCAGCAAAGAGGACAAGAAGCAUCUGCAGCGGAUCGAGAGCAACAUCGCGGAUAUGAGUGGCACGCUGACACAGACAGUCACCCAGUUGCAGACGACCCUGGCUUCAGUGCAGGAGCUGCUGGUCCAGCAACAGAAGAAAAUACAGGAGCUGACACAAGAGUUGGCCAACUCCCAGGCCUCAUCUGCCACCAACCGCAUGCUGGAGUCUCAGAGCAUCAGUGAACUCAAGACUGAAAUUGUGUCUCUUAAGGGUCUUCUUCUCAGCAGGAGACAGUUCCCGGCUUCACCUUCCGUUCCCAAAAUCCCAUCCUGGCAAAUCCCUCUCAAACCAGCGUCACUGUCCAACCCUCCCUCAGUCAACCACACCAACAGCAGCAGCGACAUCUCGCCUGUCAGCAACGAAUCGGCCAACUCGUCCCCAGUCAAAGAGGGCAACAGCUCCCUGGCCACCCCGUCUGGCUCACACUGCCUGAACGGAGACGUGGGCCUGGGCGCGAUUCUCCCUCUGGACCUGAAAGACCAGGUCCGUAUGGAAGUUCAGGGGGAGGAGGAAAAGAAAGAGGACGAGGACGAAGAAGACGAGGAUGACGAUGUGAUCCAUGCCGAUGAGGAAGACCCCCUGAGCGUGCAGACCGAGGACAGGAGAGGAGGCGACGGACAGAUAAACGAACAGGUGGAGAAACUGCGGCGUCCAGAGGGGGCGAGUAACGAGAGCGAGGUUGAUUAGAGAGUAACCCCCAACCAAACUUGAUCCGUCCAAUCACCUUUUCCCAGAUUUCCUGAGAGUUAAUUGAAGUCCAGAUAUCACACCCUCUUUGCUGUAAAAUGGCUACCGUGAGCAUCAUUUAACACUGUAUCAGAGCGGCAGCUGAGCUGGAUUAUGUUCCUUUCACUGCAGUUCUUUACCCUUUUGACUUUUCAACAUGCAAACUUUCAACGUGCAAUCCAGACUGUCGGCACAAACCUCCUGCAUGCCUGAACAAGCACAGCAACAGACAUUUUUGGAUAGACAACGGGAGAAUUAUGACUUUUCUUUUGCAGCCAGCCAGUCCUAGCUACUUAUUUUAAUAGAGACUGUCAUGCUCCAAAAAAAGCCUGUUUGUACCAUAGCCCUUCAAGCCGAUACAAACGUGAACAAUUGCAGUGUAGGGACUAAUGCAACCAAUUAGAGGUACCAAAGAAUCAGAAAGUUGGCUUUCUUGUGAUCUGAGGCCGUUGGAUUUGUAUGUUCAGCAGUGAAGACUUGUUCACUGAGUCCCAUCACUGUUGGAUCCGCUUAUUCUUUAUAGACCUUUUAGUCAACCAACGUAGUCAACCAACUCCCCUUCAAACGUUUGAGAUUGUGGGGCAGUCUGUGUAACAACGAUGCCUUGUAUUUUGUGAUCAGAGUGCUGGCGGAUUUGAGAUUUGUGUGGAAGAAAGAAAGAGGGAGGGAUAACAUGUUUGAGAACACAGAAAAUGAGACGAAAGAGAAAUGUGUUUGUCUCGGUCGUAUCUCUCCAGUCUCCAGCAGGGUAGCUGAUUUGGUUUAUGAAGUAUGUUAAUAAUCAAAUGAUCGACAAAUAACAGAUGUAUUAGUUCAUGCGGCUUGAAAUGUCAAGGAGGCUAAAAUCGGAAAUCUAAUACUGAAAGCCUGUUAUAUUGUAUUAUAUUACAUGACAAACCCUCCAGUCCAAAUUAUAUAGGCCUCCUGCAGUGAAUAAUCUUAACAUGAAACGGUGCUGGGGUUUUGUAAUUAAACUGUGUAAAACAAUGGAUGCUUCAGCGGAGGUGCUGACAGUUGUGCUUUUCUCUUUGGGGGCUUUUCUCUCAGAAAGUCAUGAGAGGAUAGAAAAAAAAAGACAAAAAAAAAUUCCCCAGUGAUGCAAAUGGAGAGUAACGUAUGAAUAUUUAACUAAUGAAAUUACUCACUCACCAGCUGAUGAGAAACAAAGCCAGAGAGAUCCUGGAGUGAGAACAAGAGCCUCAGAUCCAUUGUGACAUUUUCACUUUUAACAAAUGACCUUCAGAGUUACCGGAUUACAGCGCAGCCAGGUGAAUUGUGGGUCUGUGGCGGCACAAUGCGAAGGCACAAUGAAAGUGCUCAACCUGUCUGGCCGUGUGUAUGUUUUCUUACUUCCUAGACUAGGGCUGACUUAACACUAACCCGCACAAGAAUAGCAUAUGAUGCAGUGUCAAGAGAAACCCGCUAUGUUCGUUUGAUAUGCAGUGACUUUUUUUUUUCUUGAAAAAAUUGGGCGUUGAUUUGAAAAGCUAAAAAUCCAAAUGUCAAUUGAACGUUAGAGGUAUGGUUCAGUCAAAAUAACCAAAAAAUACAAAUACAAAAAUUUGUCAUUUACUUAUGUCAUUUCAAACCUUUAUGCUGUUUUUAUUUCUUAUCUUUCUGUGGAAGGCUAAAGGAUAUAUUUUGAAGAAUGAUCACACUGCUGUUUUGCAUACAACCACGGUUCAAUUUUGUAAUUUAACAGUUGUCUGUUGUUAAACUCCAAUAAUGAGGUCUUAUUGAUUCUGAAGUUGAUCUGAGUCAGUGAGUUGAACUUGAGAACCAGAUCAGUCCGAUUCAUGAAUGGUUUUUAAACGCACGGAUCACGUUCUUGUGUUCAACUGGAUAUGGCCAGAGCGGUUCUUCUUGAGUUAAUCAGAUUUGUGAACGAAUCAUUCAGUUCUGCAUCUUAUAUUGGAGCUUAACAUCUGUGGUCACAAUGCAUGAACUGUCACUUAACACUAGAAAAACCUGAAGACUCUUCAAAAUUGUUUUUGUCCCACAGAAGAAAGGCUGUUUGGAAUGGCAUGAGAAUGAAAAUAAGUUUUAUGUUUUGGGUGAACUAUUCUUUAAUAGAAUCAGAGAAGUCCAUUCGAUCUAGAACGUUAAUUGUAUUGGAUUGGUGUCAGAAGUGGCGUUGCAAAGAUAGUUGGCUAUUUAAGUGAGAGGAAGGAAGACCAUAGGCUUCAGAAUGAGACAGAGCUUUAGUGUGAGUGUGUGAGUGUGUGUGCAUGUUCUAGUUUUGCUUAAACCCACAUUCAGGAGUUCCUGCAACUGGCAGGUUGUUUCUGGUAGCGUGGUGGCCGAGGCCUUCAAACAACAUAGUUUGCUAAUUUUAGCUAAUCAUUGUAAAGCCUCUGUGAGGGCUAUUGAAUUAAUCAUGAAAUAAGACACAGAUUCAGUGCCUGUAUCUCCUUUAAGAUGACAUUCUCAUCUCCAACUGUGUUUUUACGAUCAUUUUGUUAGGAGUCUUACUCAUGCUGCUCAGUUUCAGCAAUUCAGAUUAGGGAUUUAAGCAUGUGUGUGUGUGUGCGUGCGUGCGUGUGAGAUUGGUUUUAUAAGUAAGCAUAAUUCAAAGGUCUUUAACAGUUUGUCUGAAAUGCACAGCGUUGCUCAAUGUUGAUGUUGUUGACACCCUGCUGGUAUUUGUCAUAGAGAAAUUCUGGUAUGAAAAGACGAAUGUACAUAAUUGUAAUAAAUUUGAUUUAACACAAA